AGUGCCACACCUGCCUUGUACAUUUUAAGUCCUUUUAAUCUGUUUAGAAGAAUAGCUAUUAAAAUUUUGAUACAUUCAGUAUUUAGCAUGAUCAUUAUGUGCACUAUUUUGACCAACUGUGUAUUCAUGACUUUUAAUAACCCGCCCGAAUGGUCCAAGAAUGUGGAGUAUACAUUCACUGGUAUUUAUACAUUUGAAUCACUUGUGAAAAUUAUUGCAAGAGGUUUCUGUAUAGAUGGCUUUACUUUCCUACGCGAUCCAUGGAACUGGCUAGAUUUCAGUGUGAUCAUGAUGGCGUAUAUAACAGAGUUUGUAAACCUAGGCAAUGUUUCAGCUCUGCGCACUUUCAGGGUUCUGAGAGCUUUGAAAACUAUUUCUGUAAUUCCAGGCUUGAAGACCAUUGUGGGUGCCCUAAUUCAGUCUGUGAAGAAGCUGUCGGAUGUAAUGAUCUUGACAGUGUUUUGUCUCAGUGUCUUUGCUCUGAUCGGGUUGCAGCUGUUUAUGGGCAAUUUAAGGAACAAGUGCGUGAUAUGGCCAAUUAAUGUGAACGAGACUUUGCUGGAUAACGGCUCUAGGGGCUUUGACUGGGAGGAAUACACCAACAAUAUGUCAAAUUUUUACAUAAUUCCUGGCGCCCCUGAUCCUUUGCUCUGUGGUAACAGCUCAGAUGCAGGUCAAUGUCCGGAGGGUUACACGUGCAUGAAAGCAGGACGGAACCCGAACUAUGGUUACACAAGCUUUGACACUUUCAGCUGGGCUUUUCUGGCUUUAUUUCGCCUUAUGACUCAGGACUUUUGGGAAAACUUGUAUCAAUUAACCUUACGAGCAGCAGGAAAAACCUACAUGAUUUUCUUUGUCUUGGUGAUCUUUGUGGGAUCGUUCUAUCUGGUUAAUCUAAUUUUGGCUGUGGUCGCUAUGGCUUACGAAGAGCAGAACCAGGCCACGCUGGAGGAGGCAGAGCAGAAAGAGGCAGAAUUUAAGGCCAUGUUAGAACAAUUGAAAAAGCAGCAGGAAGAAGCACAGGCCGCUGCUAUGGUCACUUCGGCAGGGACGGUCUCUGAAGAUGCUGUGGAGGACGAUGGCGGGGGGAGGAUGUCUCGGAGCUCUUCGGAGAUUUCCAAACUCAGUUCCAAGAGUGCCAAGGAGCGUCGGAACAGGAGGAAAAAACGGAAGGACAAAGAACUGUCGGAAGGAGAGGAGAAGUGUGACAAUGAAAAGGUGUUCAAGUCCGAAUCUGAGGACGGCAUGAGGAGGAAGGCAUUCAGGCUACCAGAUAACAGGCUAGGAAGGAAAUUUUCCAUCAUGAACCAGUCUCUCCUCAGUAUCCCAGGCUCCCCUUUUCUCUCCCGACACAAUAGCAAGAGCAGCAUCUUCAGCUACAAAGGGCGAUUUCGUGACCCGGGUUCGGAGAACGAGUUUGCCGAUGACGAGCACAGCACAGUGGAGGAAAGCGAAGGCAGGAGGGACUCCCUCUUCAUCCCCAUCCGCGGUCGCGACCGAAGGAGCAGCUACAGCGGCUAACACCUUUUUGGCAGCCGGUCCUCGCGGAUUUUCCCCAACCUCCGGCGAAAUGUGAAGAGGAACAGCACGGUGGAUUGUAACGGCGUGGUGUCCCUCAUCGGUGGCCCACCUUCCAGCAUGCCUGGGGGACGCCUUCUGCCUGAGGUGAAAAUAGAUAAGGCAGCUACCGAUGACAGUGGUACCACUGAAAUCGAAAUUCGAAAGAAACCUGGUGGGUCUCUCUUGGUCUCAAUGGAUCAGGUGAACGCAUCCUAUGGAAGAAAGGACCGAACCAACAGUGUGAUGACCGGGUUGACAAAUACCCUUGUUGAGGAGCUGGAGGAGUCCCAGAGGAAGUGUCCCCCUUGCUGGUACAAAUUUGCCAACACGUUCUUGAUCUGGGAAUGCCACCCGUACUGGAUGAAGCUGAAGGAGAUAGUGAACUUAAUUGUCAUGGAUCCUUUUGUUGAUUUGGCCAUCACCAUCUGUAUUGUGCUGAACACUUUGUUCAUGGCAAUGGAGCACCAUCCUAUGACCCCAGAGUUUGAACAUGUGCUCUCCGUAGGAAAUCUGGUUUUCACUGGAAUUUUCACAGCAGAAAUGUUCCUGAAGCUCAUCGCCAUGGAUCCCUACUAUUAUUUCCAAGAAGGCUGGAACAUCUUUGAUGGAUUUAUUGUCUCCCUCAGCUUAAUGGAACUGAGUCUAGCAGAUGUGGAAGGACUUUCUGUGCUGCGAUCUUUCCGAUUGCUGAGAGUCUUCAAACUGGCCAAGUCCUGGCCCACUCUGAACAUGCUGAUAAAAAUCAUCGGUAACUCAGUGGGUGCUUUGGGGAACUUGACCUUGGUGCUAGCCAUCAUCGUGUUCAUCUUUGCUGUGGUGGGCAUGCAGCUCUUCGGCAAAAGCUACAAGGAGUGCGUCUGCAAGAUCAAUCCGGACUGUGAGCUACCCCGCUGGCACAUGAACGAUUUCUUCCACUCCUUCCUUAUUGUCUUCCGUGUGUUGUGUGGGGAAUGGAUUGAGACCAUGUGGGAUUGUAUGGAAGUAGCAGGACAGGCCAUGUGCUUGAUUGUCUUCAUGAUGGUCAUGGUCAUCGGAAAUUUAGUGGUGCUGAACCUGUUCUUGGCCUUGCUACUGAGCUCCUUCAGCGCAGACAACUUAGCAGCAACAGAUGAUGACGGGGAGAUGAACAACCUGCAGAUUUCUGUUAUUCGCAUCAAGAAAGGCAUUGCCUGGACCAAGGCAAAAGUGCGUGAGUUCAUGCAGGCUCAUUUCAAGCAGAGAGAGGCAGAUGAGGUCAAACCCUUGGACGAAUUGUAUGACAGGAAGGUGAACUGCAUCGCUAACCAUACAGGGGCUGAUAUCAACAGGGACAUUGAUUAUCAGAAGAAUGGCAAUGGCACGACGAGUGGAAUUGGGAGCAGUGUGGAGAAGUACAUAAUAGAUGAAGAUCACAUGUCCUUCAUCAACAACCCCAAUCUCACUGUCCGGGUACCUAUUGCUGUAGGUGAAUCGGAUUUUGAAAAUCUCAACACAGAAGAUUUCAGCAGUGAUACAGAUCCUGAUGGCAGCAAAGAGAAACUUGAUGAUACCAGCUCCUCUGAAGGUAGCACCAUUGAUAUAAAGCCUGAAGUGGAAGAAGUCCCUGUGGAGGCACCAGAGGAGUAUCUGGACCCAGAUGCAUGCUUCACAGAAGGUUGUAUGCAGCGCUGUAAAUGUUGUCAGGUCAAUAUUGAGGAAGGGCUGGGGAAGUCCUGGUGGACCUUGAGGAAGACUUGUUUUCUGAUUGUGGAACAUAACUGGUUUGAGACUUUCAUCAUCUUCAUGAUCCUACUGAGCAGUGGUGCUCUGGCUUUUGAGGAUAUUUACAUAGAACAGAGAAAAACCAUCCGGACCAUUCUGGAGUACGCGGACAAGGUCUUCACUUACAUUUUCAUCCUGGAGAUGUUGCUGAAAUGGUGUGCUUACGGAUUCGUCAAGUUCUUCACUAACGCCUGGUGCUGGCUGGAUUUCCUCAUUGUGGCUGUCUCUUUAGUCAGCCUUAUAGCUAAUGCCCUGGGCUACUCGGAACUAGGUGCCAUAAAGUCCCUUAGGACACUAAGAGCUUUGAGGCCUUUAAGAGCGUUGUCCCGAUUUGAGGGGAUGAGGGUGGUUGUCAACGCCUUGGUUGGCGCUAUCCCUUCCAUUAUGAAUGUGUUGUUGGUCUGCCUUAUCUUCUGGCUGAUUUUCAGCAUUAUGGGGGUUAACCUGUUUGCCGGGAAAUAUCAUUACUGCUUUAAUGAAACAGCUGAGCAGCGCUUCGAAAUAGAAAUUGUUAACAACAAGACAGACUGCGAAGCGCUGAUGCCACCCAACUCCACUGAGAUUCGAUGGAAGAAUGUGAAAAUUAACUUUGACAACGUUGGGGCAGGAUAUCUGGCUCUUCUGCAAGUUGCCACUUUCAAGGGCUGGAUGGACAUCAUGUAUGCAGCAGUAGAUUCCAGAAAGCAAGAAGAGCAACCCAAGUAUGAGGACAACAUUUACAUGUACAUAUAUUUUGUUAUCUUCAUCAUCUUCGGCUCCUUUUUCACCCUGAACUUGUUCAUUGGUGUCAUCAUUGACAACUUCAAUCAACAAAAGAAAAAGUUUGGAGGUCAAGAUAUUUUCAUGACGGAAGAACAAAAGAAGUACUAUAAUGCCAUGAAAAAACUGGGCUCAAAGAAGCCUCAAAAACCUAUUCCCCGACCUCUGAACCGCAUUCAAGGAGCUGUCUUUGACUUUGUUACUCAGCAAGCAUUUGAUAUAGUCAUCAUGAUGCUCAUUUGCCUCAACAUGGUGACCAUGAUGGUGGAGACAGACACACAAAGCAAGCAGAUGGAGGACAUCCUUUACUGGAUCAACCUGGUGUUUGUCAUCUUCUUCACCUGUGAGUGCGUGCUGAAGAUGUUUGCCUUGCGGCACUAUUAUUUCACCAUCGGGUGGAACAUCUUUGACUUCGUGGUUGUGAUUCUGUCCAUCGUGGGAAUGUUCCUGGCUGAAAUCAUUGAGAAGUAUUUUGUGUCGCCCACUCUCUUCCGAGUCAUCCGACUGGCUCGCAUUGGACGUAUCCUGCGUUUGAUCAAAGGAGCCAAAGGAAUCCGCACCUUGCUUUUUGCCUUAAUGAUGUCCUUGCCUGCCUUGUUCAACAUUGGCCUCUUGCUGUUCUUGGUCAUGUUCAUCUUCUCCAUCUUUGGCAUGUCAAACUUUGCCUACGUCAAGCAUGAGGCUGGCAUAGAUGAUAUGUUCAACUUUGAGACCUUUGGCAACAGCAUGAUCUGCUUGUUCCAGAUCACCACAUCAGCUGGUUGGGAUGGCCUGCUGCUGCCAAUCCUAAACCGGCCUCCAGACUGCGACCUAGACAAGGAGCACCCUGGGAGUGGUUUUAAGGGGGAUUGUGGGAACCCUUCGGUGGGGAUAUUUUUCUUUGUGAGUUAUAUCAUCAUCUCCUUCCUGAUCGUGGUCAACAUGUACAUUGCCAUCAUCCUGGAGAACUUCAGCGUGGCGACAGAGGAGAGUGCAGAUCCACUAAGUGAGGACGACUUUGAGACCUUCUACGAGAUCUGGGAGAAAUUCGACCCUGAUGCCACACAGUUCAUAGAGUACAGCAAGCUCGCAGACUUUGCUGAUGCUUUGGAACAUCCUCUCCGCGUCCCAAAACCCAACACCAUUGAACUCAUUGCCAUGGACCUGCCUAUGGUAAGUGGAGACAGGAUCCACUGUUUAGACAUCCUGUUUGCCUUCACCAAACGUGUCCUGGGGGACAGCGGAGAGCUGGAUAUACUGAGACAACAGAUGGAGGAAAGAUUUGUGGCAUCCAACCCUUCCAAAGUGUCUUAUGAGCCUAUCACAACUACGCUCCGGCGUAAGCAGGAAGAAGUUUCAGCAGUGGUUAUCCAGAGGGCUUACAGGGCUCGUUUAGCAAGACGGGGCUUUAUUAGCCGCAGGCCUGUCUCCACAAAACUGGAAAAUGGAGGAGCAAACAGGGAGAAAAAAGAAGGCACCCCAUCUACGGCGUCUCUCCCGUCAUACGACAGUGUUACCAAACCUGAGAAGGAGAAACAGCAACGGGCGGAGGAAGGAAGACGAGAAAGAGCGAAAAGACAAAAAGACGUCAGGGAAUCCAAGUGUUGAGACAAAAUCGUAGAAUUGU